UUUCUCUCGCGAUAUUUCUCUGUCUGCGUCGGUUCGGAGUGGGAGAACAGAGAACGGAGGAGAGUGGCAAAACUGAACGCUCAGGAGCAAUUAAUCUGUCUGGCGUCUCUAAGAUAAGAGUAAACGUUCAGUUGUCAGCAAGAGCGGGAGCAGAAGUUAGGUAAUGAACGCAUCUGGGAAAGCUACUGCUCUCUGCUCUUUCUGCAAACACAGAUCUUAAGAACACCCAUGGCACAUUUUGGAGUUGUUGUAGGAUUGAUGAUGAUUCUUGUUUUCCUGGUGUUCCUCUCGUCCAUACACAAAGUUGAGGAAGGUCAUCUGGCUGUGUAUUACAGAGGGGGAGCUUUACUAGGUGGCCCAGGUGACCCUGGAUACCAUAUAAUGUUCCCUUUCAUCACAUACUUCCGAUCUGUCCAGACAACGUUACAGACAGAUGAAGUGAAGAAUGUACCAUGUGGAACGAGCGGUGGUGUUAUGAUCUACUUUGACCGCAUUGAAGUUGUGAAUAUGCUGACACCUUCAGCUGUGUAUGAUGUUGUUCGAAACUAUACAGCAGAUUAUGACAAGACGUUAAUUUUUAACAAAAUUCACCAUGAACUUAACCAGUUCUGCAGUUCACAUACCCUCCAGGAAGUAUACAUUGAAUUGUUUGAUCAAAUCGAUGAGAACUUGAAACUGUCCCUGCAGAUGGAACUCAACGUCAUGGCACCAGGACUCACAAUUCAGGCUGUUCGUGUUACAAAGCCAAAAAUUCCAGAAGCAAUCAGAAGAAACUUUGAGCUAAUGGAGAGUGAAAAGACAAAGCUCCUAAUUGCAGAACAAAGGCAAAAAGUGGUGGAGAAAGAAGCUGAAACAGAGAGAAAAAAGGCAGUUAUAGAAGCAGAAAAGGUUGCUCAGGUGGCCAAGAUCCAGUACCGGCAGAAAGUCAUGGAAAAAGAAACUGAAAAAUUCAUUUCAGAGAUUGAAGAUUCUGCUUACCUGGCUAGAGAGAAGGCAAAAGCAGAUGCAGAGUAUUACACAGCUCAGAAGUCUGCAGAUGCUAACAAGUUAAAACUGACACCUCAAUAUCUGGAGCUUAUAAAGUAUCAAGCUGUCUCUGCAAACAACAAGAUAUACUUUGGCAGUAACAUCCCCACCAUGUUCUUUGAUUCUUCAUCAAGAAGUAGGAUAGAAGGAAAAAGUGCAUAGAAUAAGCCUGACCAUCAAGAAAUGCUUUUUGGAAACCUAUUAGUGAUACCACUGGAGCACAAAAUUAUGUAUGCAUCUCAAGAAAGUACCUCCUAGUCUGGAGAAAAUUUGAUUAUCAAAUUUGAUAACAGUAUUCCACAUUUUGGGUUUUUUUUCAAUAGUUUCUUUUAUUUUUACAAGAUUGCUAAAUAUAUCUGGUUCUUCCAACUACAGUUUUAAUAUUUCAUAAUUUGGUGGUGAAGUUUAAAACUUUUAUAAAAUAAAAAGGCAUCUAGCAAUCUGU